GCAGGCACACACUGCUCACAUUAGAACAUUUCUACUAGCCUGGGGGAAACUUAAAAGCUAACGGCUGUCAGCACAGGCAAGGUGCAAUCAUGGACUUUAUCUGAAUAUAUUAUUGCUUUACUACAUUUGGAUGCAAAGCAACACAUUUCAAUAAAUAAAUAAACACAUGAAGCAUUGCAUUGCGUAACCUUAGUUUCAUCAGAUUGGUUUGACCAGAAGGAGAGAGAUCACAUGGACUAGGAGACAAGGAAAGACAGACUGAUUGGACCACCCAUUUGAAAGGACUGUUACAGCAGUAACUUCCCUCAGUCAGUUUUGGACAGCUCCCUUGUUUUGGCUGGUGCAUAAGAGGCAGCAGCAGCAGCAGCUUCAGCAGCAUCACUAACAGCAGUGCUGCUUGCUUCCACCCUUCAGCACAGCAGAGUCAGAGUGAAGACCCGGGACCAUGGCCAGCGUACAGCAGGGAGAGAAGCAGCUCUUUGAAAAGUUCUGGAGGGGAACCUUCAAAGCUGUGGCAACUCCGAGACCAGGGAGCAUCCUUGUAGCCAGCAUCACUGCCCGAAGGACUGUGGCUAACAGUGACACAUCAAACUGUCAAGCUUACAAAGCAGAUGAAGGUAAGCUGGAGCCUACAGUCACGACAGAGGAGACCUCCGACGGGAAUGGAUGCAUCAAAGAAAGGGAAAGCAAGCACCGCAGCCACCACAGGUCACCUAGUUUAUCCUUUGAUGAGGAUCUCUCCCCUCCACCUGCACCCAAGGGGAAGAAGAAGAAGAAGAAGAAGAAGAAGAAGAAGAAGAAGAAGAAGAAGAAGAAGAAGAAGAAGAAGUCUGACCACAAGAGAAGAAGGAGGUCAGUGGACUGGCUCACUUUCAAACUAAUAACAAGUCCUGGAUACCCUUUCAUGUGGCUCACAAAAAGCUCAGCAGGGCUCUAA